UCCAUCCCUCCCUCCCUUCCUUCCCCGCUCCUCCCGCCGACCGGGACUCGCCCCGAACCGGGAGGGAGACGGUCUCUGCCCGCUCCUCCUCCUCCUGCUGCUCCUCCUCCUGCAGCGGGGGCCGCAUCCUGCUGCCGGGGGGGAGGGAAUUGAUGUGGAUACCCAGCGCAGCACCACCACCAUGCAGCCGCCGCCGAGGAAGGUGAAAGUUACACAAGAGCUGAAAAACAUUCAGGUUGAGCAGAUGACAAAACUUCAGGCCAAGCAUCAGGCAGAAUGUGACCUACUGGAAGAUAUCAGAGCAUUCAGUCAGAAAAGAGCUGCAAUUGAGAAAGAAUAUGCACAGAGCAUUCAGAAGCUGGCUAGCCAAUACUUAAAGAAGGACUGGCUUGGAAUAAGAGCUGAGGAACGAAGUGAUUAUAGGAGCAUGUACUCAGUUUGGAAAUCACUCUUAGAAGGCACCAUGCAGGUGGCCCAGUCCCGACUCAAUAUCUGUGAGAACUAUAAAAACCUAAUUUCUGAACCAGCCAGGAGUGUCCGGUGCUUUAAGGAGCAGCAGCUGAAGAAGUGUGUGGACCAGCUGACAAGGAUCCAAGCUGAACUACAGGAGACAGUCAAAGAUUUAGCUAAAGGCAAAAAGAAAUAUUUUGAGACUGAACAGAUGGCUCAGGCGGUGCGGGAGAAAGCUGAUAUUGAGGCCAAGUCCAAACUUAGUCUUUUUCAGUCAAGAAUAAGCUUGCAGAAGGCAAGUGUGAAGUUAAAAGCCCGACGAUCCGAGUGCAAUUCCAAGGCUAUCCACGCCAGGAAUGAUUAUCUCCUCACUUUAGCAGCUGCCAAUGCCCACCAGGAUCGCUACUAUCAAACAGACCUGGUGAACAUCAUGAAGGCUCUUGAUGGAAAUAUAUAUGAUCACCUUAAGGAUUAUUUAAUGGCAUUCAGCAGGACUGAACUAGAGACAUGCCAAGCUGUACAAAACACAUUCCAGUUUUUACUGGAGACUUCCAGCAGGGUGGUGCGGGAUUACAAUCUCCAGCUGUUCUUGCAGGAGAACUCCGUGUUCCACAAACCUCAGCCUUUCCAGUUCCAGCCCAGCGACAGCGACACUAGCCGACAGCUGGAGUCAGAGACGGGAACGACCGAGGAGCACAGCCUGAACAAGGAGGCGCGGAAAUGGGCGACGCGCGUGGCCCGUGAGCACAAGAACAUCGUCCACAGCCAGAGGACCCUGGAGGAGCUGGAGUGCCACGGGGCCGUGAUGUCCGAGCAAACCCGAGCGGAACUGGAGCAGAAAAUAGAUGAAGCCAGGGAGAGCAUUCGCAAGGCUGAGAUCAUCAAGCUGAAGGCAGAAGCGAGGCUGGAGCUGCUGAAGCAGAUCGGGGUGUCCGUGGACACGUGGCUGAAGAGUGCCAUGAACCAGGUGAUGGAGGAGCUGGAGAACGAGCGCUGGGCCAGCCUGCCCUCGGUCACCAACAACGGCUCCGCGCACCUGGUCAAUGCUGAUGCAGAAAAGGAAGAAGGUGAAGAGUUUGAAGACAGCAUGGAUGUUUUUGAUGACAGCAGUUCUAGUCCUUCUGGUACUCUUAGGAAUUACCCUCUCACCUGCAAAGUUGUUUAUUCCUAUAAGGCUUCUCAGCCAGAUGAGCUGACCAUAGAGGAACACGAGGUGCUGGAGGUCAUAGAAGAUGGAGAUAUGGAAGACUGGGUCAAGGCACGGAACAAGGCAGGACAGGUGGGAUAUGUGCCAGAGAAGUACCUGCAGUUCCCAACCUCCAGCAGCCUCCUGAGCAUGCUCCAGUCCCUGGCUGCGCUGGACUCCCGAUCCCACACCUCCAACAACUCCACGGAGGCUGACCUGGUGCCAGGCAGCCUCAACGGAGACUCCAAUGUCUGUUUUGUAAAAGCACUUUAUGAUUACGAGGGGCAGACAGAUGACGAGCUGUCCUUCCCAGAGGGAGCCAUCAUCCGCAUCCUGAACAAGGAAAACCAGGAUGAUGAUGGCUUUUGGGAGGGAGAAUUCAACGGCCGCGUCGGGGUCUUCCCCUCGGUGUUGGUUGAAGAGCUCACGGCCUCAGAGAAUGGAGAAACUCAGUGGAUUGGGGAUAUCCAGGUAUCCCCCACUCCAAAGGCCAACAACUCCCUGCCACCACUGCCUCUGUAUGACCAGCCUCCCACCAGUCCCUAUCCCAGCCCGGAUAAAAGAGGAUCCCAAUUUUUCCCCAGGUCUCCGUCGACGAACGAAAACAGCUUUGGUUCAGAGUCCCCUGGAUUCUCCCAACCUCCACGAAUUCCUCCGGAAAGUUCCUAUGGCAAACUGCGGCCUGUGCGAGCAGCUCCACCCCCCCCGACACAGCACCACCGCCGGCCCACGGAGAAGAUCGAGGACGUGGAAAUCACUCUGGUGUAACGAGGGGACUGGCUAAUUAGUAGUGCUACAAUCAAGGCCAAACACAGCUUUUGGUCAAUCUCGUUUUUAGGCACCUUUGCAUGAUGAAGACUUGGACUAGAGCGAGCGAUAGGGAGGAUUUUAUGUGGCAGUGACCUGGCGGAUUCCUUCCCACAGUCAUGAAUAUUUUGUGCCUUUUGGGUUUUUUUUGUUUGUUUGUUUGGAUUUCUCUACAUCAUUCUUCUUCUCUUAGCACAAACCAAGACAGGCCAAGAUUGGCUUUUUUUCUUGGCUGGAGAUGCUCCAUUUUGGUGUGGAGACAAAGAAAGAGCCCCGUUCAUGCAGCUUAGUCUUAGCAUCCUUUGCUCCUGUGCAUUAGUACAGUAUAUUACUGUUGCCAUAGGAAUGUGUUAAAGAUUGUGGAUCCUUCCAGUAGCAUCACCUGCCUGAUCAGGUAUUCAUCAGAAGAAUGAAAAAGGGAACAGAAAAAGAAGUCUAAAGGAGAGGCUGGCUCCUCUUGAAUCCCCCUGCAGGAAGGAAGAGACGGGAAAAUGAUCUCCUGGAGAAGCAAAAGUGUUCAUUCCAUGGGUGCUCCCCUUGUCAGUGAUUCACAGCUGAACAUUCUGCCUUUGGAUUUUUGUGUUUACUCAGUGCAUUUACUCAUAGAGGAUCUAACAUGGAGGUGCUGAACCAGCAGCAACAUCUUCUUCCACAGCAGAAACCAACGGGUAGAAAAGCAAAAAAGCAAGUGACAUUUUUGUCUGGAUCUGGAAAUUGAGCUGCUUUUUCUUUUCUUUUUUUUUUUUUUUUUUUUUU